AAACCUUCCAAUAAUUAGUCUCUUUACUCACCAACCACUCACUCAAUUCCAACUAUAUAUCCACAUAUAUAGAUAUACACACUCAACAUGUCUUAUUCAAGCCCCAGUCCCGCAACAAGCACCUGGCAAGACAAGCUUCAAGAGAGAUGCCGCACCGCGCAAAUCAACCCACCAGUUUUCAGCAUUGUCUCCGACAGACGAGGAGGCCGAACUGCCUGGUCUAGCACUGUCACGGUGUCCGGCCAAAGCAUUGCCGCCCGAUAUUGGUACGACGGCCAAUACCUCAACAACGCCAAAGAAGACGCUGCAGAAGUGGCUCUCAAGGCCCUUGGCAACUCCAGCCCAACGUCACCAACACCGGGCCGACACGGAUGGUAGAAAUUUAUGCUCUCGCAUCAUCUGUGCGCCAGCGAUUUUCGGAGCGAGACGAACACUUGCUUCCAGCAGCACCUGUAUGAUAUGAUAUGAAACGACUUGGCUUAGAUUCGGGAUGCUCAUCGGAAUGGAUAUUGGGGCGUAGUCCGGCGCAAGAAGGAAUAUUGGGGCGUCCAGGAGAAUAUGUAUGAGCAGGACUAGGGAUUUAUUUUGGAUUUCAACGGAUUUGCUACAAAAAAAAGGGACGUGUAGUGUAUG